AUGGGUCCAGCGAAUACGUGCCUGAAAGUCAAAAAAGUGUGUUACUGUUACGUGAAAACGCAGCUAUCUUGGGCAAAAGCAAACGAUUACUGUAAUACUUAUGACAUGAAGCUACUCAGCAUCAAAACACAAUCUGUGCAAAAUGACGUUUCAGAUAUUUUGAUGCCUCUCGUCUUAGGCUACCCUGUUUCAAAGCAGAUUGGAAUCUGGACGUCAGGAGCUUACAAUACUGGACAAAAGGGUUUCGCCUGGUUAGAGCCGUUCACUUUCGUCAACUGGUUUUAUGGUGAGCCCAAUACCGGCAUUUCUAACCCAUGUGUUCGUAUUGUCCCGGAAUCAAUGUCCGACGCUAAAUGGGCUACAUUGCCUUGCGACCAGUGGUUGCCAUUUAUUUGUGAGAAAAAUUAG